GAAACAGCUGAAGACACGCGGAUUCCAAACGAGGCAAACGAGGGGGCGUGGCACACACGGGAAUCGGAACAACAGGGGGGUAACAAAAGUAUAUAAAAAGUACAGAAUGAACCAGAAAACGAAGGAAAGAAGAGUCACAGAUCUUCAAAGAGAGUUGCUGUGGGACUGAACCAAGACAUGAGGACUCCAAGCUUGCUGGGGGUUGCACUCCUCUGCCUGGCUGCCAUGCCUGCUGCAAUGGCUGAUGACAAUGUAGAUCUCCACUUCCCAAAGCAGUGUGGUAAACGCUACUGGCACAAAGUGGGCCGCUACUGUGCAAAGUAUUUCAACACACCAAGCUCCUUUGCCGAUGCCGAGUCUGCUUGCAGGCAGGCAGCUUCAGGGGGUCACCUGGUCUCCGUGCACGAUGAACAAACAAAUGCGGAUGUCUUGGCCAUCGUGUUGGAAUACAACCCCUCCUCACCAAGGAUCUGGUUGGGCGGUCAAAGGUUUGGUCAGUCAAGUACAUUCAUCUGGACAGAUGGUUCUGCUUGGGAUUUUGAGAAAUGGGUUCCAGAUCAACCAGAUGAUGCUGGAAAUCAUGAGAACUGUGUGGAGAUGAACUGGAAAGACUUGGGAGAAUGGAAUGAUGACUGGUGCAUCAAACGGAAACCUUUCAUCUGCGCCUUCAAAUGGCACAAGUGGCAGCAGGAGCCGGAAGACUGAAAUGCUGGAAUCGCUCUACGGCACGGCUUGUAAAAAUCAGACGGCACAUGAUAAGCGGGGAAGAUUUGUGCAAAAUUUUGAAAUGCUUCGCUAAACUCGUGCAAAAUAAACAACGAACUAAAUACCAA